CCUGCAGGGUGCCUUACAGCUGAAGCAGGACUUCGACACGGUGCGGCAGCUGGUGCAGUCGGAGGAUUCCGGCCUGUUGCCUGAGAUCAAGCAGUCUGUGCUGUCGCUGCGCAUCUUCCAGCAGAUGGACAAUGCCAUCAUCUGCCUCUUGCAGCAGCCCAGCAGCAAGGCCUACCUGCCCUCCCACACCUGGGAGUCCUUCCGCAAGUGCUGCUCACACAACGGCGUCCGCACUCAGGACUUCCCCUCGGGCAGCCUGAACAGCCUGGAGAGCCUGGACGUGCAGGCCUUGCGCAACAGCACCGCCCUGGAGACCCAGAGCUCCGACCUCCUCAGCCAACUGCAGGGCAGCUGCACCCCGGAGUCCUACCUCCCGAGCACCCAGCAGGAAUGGCUCUCCCUGCGGCUGCACGGCCCGCGGCGCUGGAAGGUGCCCAGCCUGCCCUGCACCAAGAGCUCUGAGCCCUGAGGGGCUGGGCAGGAGCCCAGCCACGUAUCUGUGGUUAGAAAUACAGCAGCCAAGUAGCCCCAAAGCUCCCUGGCUCCGUGGUUCUGUUCUGCCCCCAUGGGAUCCGCUGCCCCCCGGCCUGGCCAGCCAAGGCGUGCCUCAGCAGGGUGGCACAUUCCCUGACCCGCCUCCUGGAGCAGACCACAGCCCGUCUCCCCUUGGGACUA